GGGAUUUUGGGCUAAGGCAGCCCGUUGAGCCCAUUGCAGUUUCUUGUUGGGCAAGUGAGUCAGGGACGAUUUAAGUGAGCUGAAAAAGAAAGGAGGACUCCGAUCCGAUUUGACUCAGCAGCCAAAGGCAGAGGUAGGGCUUUAUCUUUCCCCUUUUUUUCCUCUGCCCAAAAGAUGUGGAGAGCCAAUUCCCUUAGGACUACUCUCCGAUGCCUUCAACAAUCCACCUCCAUCUCCUCCAACCGCCGUUUGAUUUCUCCACUCGCCGCCGCCACCUCCACCUCCCUCCGCCACUACCGAGCUUCCCGGGAUCCCAGCUAUGGCUAUGGCUACGAGAUAGUCCCUCCCGCGAAUUGGGGUGUCCAUAAUGUGCCUCAGCAGAAGGCUUACGUGGUUGAGAGGUUUGGAAAGUAUGUGAAGACGCUGGAGUCGGGACUGCACUUCCUCGUCCCCGUUGUGGAUCGAGUCGCCUACGUCCACUCCCUCAAAGAAGACACCAUACAAAUUUCCGACCAGUCUGCUAUCACUAGGGACAAUGUCACCAUCGGCAUCGGUGGCACACUUUUUCUAACGAUUGUGGAUCCUGUGCUGGCUUCUUAUGGUAUAGAGAACCCCAUCUUUGCUGUUCGUCAGCUUGCUGUGUCUAAGAUGCGUAGUGAGGUUGGUAAGAUUCUGCUCGACAAUAUUUUUGAAGCAAGGGAGAGUCUCAAUCAGAAGAUUGUGGAGAACAUCAAUGUAGAUGCUCAGGACUGGGGCAUCAAGUGCCGUUGUUAUGAGAUAACGGAUAUAACCAUACCUCCUAAUAUGAAGAAAGCCAUGGAUUUGCAAGCAGAAGCAGAACGUAAAGCAAGGGCUCUAAUCAUUCAAACUAAAAGUGAGGCAGAUUCUACCAUUUUGAAAGGAGAAGCUGAAAGCAAACGAAUUACCUUGCUGUCAGAAUCCCUGAAGGAAAGUGGGGGAGACAAGUCAGCUAGUUUGAUGAUUGCUGAGCGGUACAUUCAAGCCUUUGGUAACAUUGCUAAGGAGGGCACAACAAUGCUGCUUCCUAAUGCUCCAGACAGUGCUGCCAACAUGAUAGCUCAAUCUAUGGCAAUGUACAACUGCCUUGUCAACAAUGCCUCUCGUAAUAGUUCUUAUGAAACCUCCUCCGAGUUAUUGGCAGGAAGCACAGAGGACAACCUCCCUAGGGUUGACAGUCUAAGCACCACAGCUGCUAUAACAAAUGCAUUCCAUCCCAGUCACUUGGGAUUUUCUCUUCAGAAGCCCAACAAAAACAAAUAGAAUGCAUCAAUUUUGAGAUAACUGGUUUAUAUUUCUAGGCUCCAUACUCUUCUUUUUUUGUUCAAAUUUAAAUUGUUUUCAGGGAAAAGAAACCUGAAUAUUUUGG